AUGUCGUAUCCUAAUCGAUGGUGUGAUCUUCGGAGUACUUUCGGACGAUCUCAUGGGUCUGUGGCGCGAAUUUUUUAUCAUACGCUGCGAUUGGUUGACUGUAUGAUCGGUAACCUUUACGGAGCGAAAGAAGGAUCCAUGCACGACAGUAGGAUGUUUGCCGAAAGCAAUUUUUUGCAACACUUCCGCGAAAAACAAGCUCCAUUUAACCAGCGAUAUUAUAUUUAUGGAGAUUCAGGAUACGGCCGAAAAGAUUUGUUGAUAAAACCAUUUUCUUAA